AUGAAUCCAUCAGUCAAUCAUUUCCACACUUUCCUCACUAACAACUCUUCGGAUGAGUCUUCAGAAGAUGGAGAGCUCAACGAUGAGGAGGAAGAGGUGACCGCCAAUGAUGGCAAGGGUUGUCACCAAAUGAUUGACACAAACGUUUUAAAAGUGUCGAAAUCACUGGAAAUUGUGGAUCAAAGGGACACUAAAAGACAAAAGCGAUUCAGUCUUUGGUCUGAUAUUCUUCUGGAGGAAGAACUCAAUCAUUCAGUGAGUAAUUCAAUGGACAUUAAGAAGAGUCAAAUGGAUUCAAUCACACAAUUUGAUCGCAAAUCAGAGAACUAUUCGUUUUGGACUAAAAGACAGUUAGAAGACAAUUGUGACCAACAGUUGACACAAAAGUCACACAUUUCUGACAAUAAGCCGAAGAAUGAGAAGAAGACACGAAAGACGAGAAACAAGAAUCAGAGGAAAAACGACAGAGAUUUUGUGUCACAAAUCGCUUAUAAACUGAAGGAACCAAAAGUGCAUCUCUUGAAAAGGGUUUGCGAACGCAUUGGACAGCAGAAGACAUCUGAGUUGUGUUCGGCCACUCUUGACGUCGAGUCUUCGGGUGGACUCAUGACAGUCGACGGCAAAAGACGCCGCACUUCUGGAGGAGUUUUCUUUCAAUUACUCAAAAACGACACAAACGUUACCAAAGAAGACAUUGAUUUUAUAUUUCUCGACGAAAGACAACAGCACUUCAAGAAUCACAAGAAACUCAAACUCAAACCAAAACCUCACAAGAAAUCACUUAAACGAAGGAAUAAAAGAAUUUGCCCGUUUUGCGAACGCAUUGGACAGCAGAAGACAUCUGAGUUGUGUUCGGCCACUCUUGACGUCGAGUCUUCGGGUGGACUCAUGACAGUCGACGGCAAAAGACGCCGCACUUCUGGAGGAGUUUUCUUUCAGUUACUCAAAAACGACACAAACAUUACCAAAGAAGACAUCGAUUUUAUAUUUCUCGAUGAAAGACAACAGCACUUGAAGAAUCACAAGAAACUCCAACUCAAACCAAAACCUCACAAGAAAUCACUUAAACGAAGGAAUAAA